GGCCGUGCAGAGCCACACGCUCCGGAUGGCCACAGCAAUCAAACCUAUGUGUGGGGGGGCUGAGACGGUGAGAGUGGGGGUUGUGCUCACUGCAAGCCCAGAAGAUGCAGACGGUGGAGAUUUUGCUGUUGAAGGAUGUGAAAUUAACUACAAACCUGCAGGAAAUGAGGAGCCAAAGUCCUUCACAUUUGAUCAGGUUGUAACAGCUGACACUACGGAGAGUCUUCACUCUGAGCUCCUGCAGCCUCUGACCGAGCUCAUAUCGAGCGGCUAUAACGUCGUGCUGCUGAUGUGUGGAGCGCCCACAGAGACGGUCGGAGCCCUGAUGGACAAAGGUGUCAUUGGUCAGGUCUUGACAAAUGUGUUUAGUUGCACGGCCAGACAACAAAGGGCAGAGUCCUUCCUCUCUGUGUCGUUUCUCCAGUUUUACCCAGAUGGGAGUGCAGUGGAUGUCGUCAGCCUCAACAAAGACACUUUACAGCUUGUAGCACAUCCCGUCCUUGGGAGUGUUGUAGAAGGUUUAUGUGAGGUGUGUGUAUGUUCAGCAGAGGAAGCUUGGGAUUGCUAUAAAACCUGCAGGGAGAAAAUGAAAGCCAGCGCAGGAAGUGUCUCCAGCCGAUGCAGCUUCCUCUUCUCAGUGACAGCUGAGUGGAAACUCCAUCCGGAGCAGGUGGAGUCGGAUGUCUGUCGCAGUAAACUGCAGCUGUUCAGCCUCGCCGGAGGAGCCAGCAGGACUGACCUCAGAGGGGUCACCCCACUGUUGAAGGUCCUUGACCAAACCCUAAAUCCUUCCACUGCAGUCAGCGACAGCCUCCUUCAUGCUCUGCUUAAAGAGGCACUCACAGGAAACAACAGGACAUUCCUCAUCUACUGCAUCAACCCUCAAGGUUUCCUGGGUGAUGAAACUCAAUCUGCUUUACAUUUGGCUCAGAAAGCGAGAGGAUUAGUCACCAAGCCCACUUCUGUUCAGUGGAAUCCGAGGACGGCUGAGCGAGAGCUUCGUGAAAGCAUCAUGGAGCUACAAGAUGUGAUGCUUAAAGGGGAGAGUGAGCUUCACAGCAUUUACAAGUUAGCUCAGCUGACGCAGCAUCUGAAGGCCGUGAAAAACCAGUCAUGGGAGAAGAGGAGGGAGGAGUCAGAGAAGAUGAAAGUCAAAAUUAAGGAAUCAUCAGUCGGCAGCCAGCAGUUUUCUGUAGAUUGUCUCGCUGAUCGUAAAGAAAGGAGCGAAACAGCUAAAUAUCUACAGGAAAAGCUGAGACAAGAAAUGGAGGACCACAUCAGAGAAGGCAGAGGCAGUCCGGAGAAGGUCCAGGAGAGAGUAACCAGGAUCCAACAGCUGAAAGAGGCCCUCAGAGAAGAAACGCUGAAGAAUGGGGCCGUUUCAGAAAAGUCUCAACUUUCUCAACAAGUAAUCAUCUCAAACUCUCUGUGUUGGUCACUGAUUGAGCUCAAGUUAUUUAGAGCUCAGUUUGUAUUUUCACUGUACAUGCCUUUUGCCAGUUAAGGAAGAAACACGCAGGGAAUACCAGAAAUACGACAAGACUGAGA